UUACGAUAUGCGAGGUUGGGAUGACAGCUCUGUGUACUCUCGCAAUUCAAUGUAGCCUGCUUUUAGUAAAUGUACUCAGCAGAUUUAACGAUUGCUGAUGUUACUGAUAGCAAGUCGUUGUGGUUAAUUUGGGCAGUUUAAUGUAUGGCUUAAUUUAUAGUUGGUGAAAUAUAGGAACAUAGCAGCUCAACCGUUUUACGCGCGUUGUCUACUCUGGCAGAGUGCAAAGCGAGAGGGCGAGGAGAAGGGAGGGUGUGUGACUGCAAGUAGAGGGUGUGUGAAGGGGAGGGCGAGAGAAAGGGAAAGCACACAACGCUCAGCAAAGCACGGUUGCGAGCCGAACAGAGGAGCAUGGCGGGGCUGAGGGACUUCCAGCAAGGCGGCAACUGCCAUAGGAAAACGUGGAUAAAUAUUCUAGUUGGAAUAUUGCAGCUGAUUUUAACAGACGCCGAGCAAAGAGGGGCACAGCUACAAGCUCUCUCACAUAUGUCCGGCGUGGUCGAGGUCUGGCAGGCUGAAGACGCUGAACUAUUAGUCCCUCCUCAGGCUGAGGAAGAACGCAGAAAAGAGGGAUUACCCCAGGAGGAGAGCUCCUCGUUCUAUGUGGGGGACAUUGGAAGAGCUCUGCACUUCAAGCCUGCAGUCCUGGACUUCGGGACACAGCUGUUGGGCCUGCCCCGUGCUGAAACUGUAUACAUUCAUAACCCCAGCCAGGAAGUGGGAGUGACCCUGCUGUCGGUGUUUGCACCCAGCAUACAUAUACACACCCCUCCUUUCCACAAAAGGGUGAUACCGCCACGGGGGAAAACGUCGUUUAAACUCAUCUUCCUUCCUACGGAAGAGGGAAAUGUAGAAACCUCAUUAUUUAUAAACACAUCUUCGCAUGGACUCCUGCCUUACCAGGUAUUUGGAGUGGGGGUUAACCCAGGUGCUCUGACCUCAUCUCAGAUGAAGGCUGGUGUUUUGCUGUUUCCACAUAUCCAUAGUAUUAAACUGACACAAACUCAGGAGGAUGCCUCGAAUAUCACUCUCCUGGAGCUGCUGCUGGAGUGCGGGGUCCCUGAGAAUACCUACAGACGCUCUCACCAUCAGGGGUCCUGCUUUGCGGCGGAGAAGCUCACCGCGCGGAUCAGCCUGUCAGAGAGAGGCGAGAGGCGCAGAGACCUGGAGAGGCUCAAGCCUUACGUCAUCGAGAACAUCAUGGUCCUGUUCGUGAUGUCAUCGGGAGGGAACGGCUUACGGGAGCCAAGGAUUAGGAUAUAUAUGUUGAAUUCAGGAGCUGAAAAAUUAUUUGUGAAGGACAUGCAGCUUUUGUCAAAUGUGGAAGGCUCUCUACAAUUCAAACAAAUUCUACUGAAAGCUUCAGAGACAAAUUUCACGCAAGUGGCUACAUUAGUCUGUAGAGGGUCCGUGCCGGUCCCCGAAACGAGGUGCUCCACUCACGUCAGUCUGAGCGCCCUGAGAAACUCCUCCUUGAAACUGCAUCCCGCGCUAGACCGCGCGCGCAGAAGCUUUGGGUAUGACCCUUCCACGCUGUUUCAUGUUAUGCCCAGGCAGAAUGGGCGCCACCUGGUGGACCUCUGGCUGACUAACAGCUUUGACUUCAGCUUCUCUGUGAAUGAGGCCACUGUCCCUCAGGAUAUGGAGGGUGUAUUAACGGUGACCAACUUCAGCAGGCCGGUGACAGUGCCCUGGGGCUGCUGGAGGCUGCUCUCGCUGCGGCUCAACCACAAGAAGCUGCCCGUGAACGUCGUGACCACCGUGGUCCUGGUCACCAGCAUCGGCCUCUCCCUGGAGAUCCCUCUCCGCGUUCAGUCCGGCUCAAAGCAGGGGGACGUUGUGUUGGAGGCCAGUGCAGAAUGUGGAAAGCCCUGCCCCAUCAGGCUGUCUGAUGCAGGGCGUGUUCAGUGGCAGCAGGCUCUCCUCGACGUCUCUUCCUCAUGGAGAGUGGACAGCAGCUUGGCUGCAGAGCUCUGCUCUCGCUGGAGGACCGACAAGGACCAGCUCACCUGCAGCUGGCCCCGCCUCCCUGUAGAAACCAGCUCUCCACUCGAUUUUGGUGCUACUCCAGUCAACGAGCGUAAGGUGAAAUACUUCCAGUUGAAAAACCCCUCUGGGUCCCCCGUGCACGUGGAGGUGCGAGUUCUCUCAUCUUACUCCGCCCCUCUGGAUGCCCUGGAUCUGCUGACCAAAUGGUUUAAUAUCAGUCCACUGUCAGUCAACGUCACCACUGGCGAGUUUGCUUUGCUGCAAGCAGACGGUCAGGAGGGCAAAGAUGGAGCUGUGCGCCUGCUGCUCCUUCCCCAGGAGACCAAGGAGGUGGGCGUGGCCUUCACCCCUGCGGAGCACAGGCCUGUCACCUCCAUCAUCCUCGUCAGGAACAACCUGACGGUGUUUGACAUGGUGACGGUGAGGGGCCACGGCGCCAGGGAGCUCCUGCGGGUCGGCGGGAAGCUUCCGGGCCCCGGGGCCUCUCUGCGCUUCAACGUGCCCCAGGCCACCCUGAUGGACUGCAGAGACGGCCUCAGAUCCGACAAGCCGCAGCUGUCCAUCCGCAAGAGCUUCAAAGUGGAGAACGCGGGAGAGCUGCCCCUGACCGUGGUGUCCAUGAACAUCAACGGGUACGCGUGCCAGGGCUUCGGGUUCGAGGUGCUGCAGUGCGGGUCCUUCCAGCUGGACCACAACUCCUCCUCGGAAAUCAACAUUGCGUUCACCCCGGACUUCACCUCCUCCUGGGUGAUUCGGGACCUGACGCUGGUGACGGGGCGGGGCACCUCGUUCCCCUUCACCCUGAACGUGACCCUGCCCCACCACAUGCUGCCCCUCUGCGCCCAGGCGGUGCCAGGGCCCAGCUGGGAGGAGGCGUUUUGGGCAGUCACCCUCGUCUUCACCUGCUGUUCUUUAGGUGGGGUGUGCUUUAUGGCGUUCCAUCAAGCGCAGUACAUUCUGAAUGAGUUCACCACACCCAGCCCGAGGACCAAUCAUGGCUCAAUACUGUCUCGAGACAACAGCCCUGCUAGCCCCGUCUGCCACAACGGAGUGAGUAAAGCAAAAGGCAGCUGCAAGACGUUUGUGGACUCGUGCAACAGCUCGGACAAAGGCAAGGGCAAGGGCUCCCUCGCGGUGGCCAGCCUCCCCUCCCGAAAUCAGCCCUCGUCCAAGAAGAGCCCGGGCGCCGCCGGCCAGGCUCAGAAGAAGCACAAGGUGUCCCUCUACUACGGCAAGCCCAAAGCCAGCGCCGCGUCCCCCGCCGCCGCGGCCAGCGAGGAGAGGGAGGAGCCGGCCCCCGACCAGGCCGCCGAGCCGGAGUUCGACGCCCGCGCCGGCGCCGACGACCGCCGGCCCGAUCUCGAGGCGCAAGCACCCGCCCCGGCGCACGCCAAACCGCACUACCCCCAAACGGAGGACAGGCCGCUGGCCCCGGUUAUGUUUCCCAUGGAAACGCACCCCGGUCUCCCGGACGAUGUCGUCGCGGCGACGGGCUGUGGGCCUGACAAAGCGCCACCGCUCUUCAGCGACGUUAAGCGCCUUGAGAAAAGGGACAACGACGUAGCCUUGGUUACAGAGUUAAAAGAAGACUGUGACAUUCAGAGACUGUCUGAGACCGUGGAGCAGGGGGUCUUGGUCAGCGGCCACAAGGGCAAGAAGUCUGCAGGCAAGGGGCCGAGGAGGUCUGGAGAGCACAUGCCUGGAGUCUCCGAGCGCGACGCGGCCUUGCUUCCGGAAAGGAACCGCGAGCAGGAGUGGAGGGAGAGCCGGAACGCCACCAGGAACCGGAAUCGCUGCUGCAACGGAAAACCGGAAUCGCCCAAGUGUGUGAUGAACGCGGACAUCCCCGUCAAACAGCUGCAGAGCGGUGUGCCCCCGUCCAGGCCCCGGAGGAAGGGGAUGGAGCGGAGGCCUCAGUGGGAGUCGGGCUCGGAUUCGGGCAGUUCCUCGUGCAGCGUCCGGGCCAGCCGGGGCAGCUGGGGCAGCUGGAGCAGUGCCAGCAGCCUGGAGGGCGAGAAGGACCCCAGCACUGGAGCCAGACCCUACUGUACUGGCCCAGCCAGGCCCAGGGACACCAUUCAGUACAGUGUUCAUCCGGCUGAGAGAGACUGCUAUCAGACCAUGAACUCCAGUUAUAAGGCCCAGAGUACCCAUACGCUGUACAGGAAAGACCCAGGCACCCCCGACCCCGCCCCGACCCCCAGCUUCACUCCCAGUUUCGCUGCCGUGGCAGCAGGGGUCGAGCGCAACAUGGACAUUACCUGCACAUAUUUGCCAGAAGAGGCGUGGUCAGCCCCCUCUGUCCCUCUGACGAAUGAGUUCAGGUACAACACAACUGAGCCACUCCCAUUUGCACCUCAGGGGCCCUCUUCCAGCUCCUACAAUGGCUUUCCUUGGAGCAGUGCCAGCAACCACUGUACCAGCUCCUAUCCAUACUCUGAGCAGAGUGUGCCAGGAGGGAGCUCAAAUUUCCACAACAGCCUUUCACGCAAAGAAAACCAAAAUGUGACGUACAGCACUCAGAGCAGCUGGGGGGAGGACAGCGGCCCGGAGGUACCCACCGCCUGGGACGUAACUGGCUGCGUGGGCGCCAAGGGGUUCUUCUCCGGGACCCGGAGCCUGUCCCCCAUGUCGGGCCUUUUCGGCUCCAUCUGGACCCCGCAGAGCGAGCCGUACCAGAACCACUUCCAGCGCGAGCGCUCCCUCCCCCCGUCCCCGCAGUCGCCCUACAGCCCCGAGCCCCUGGGGGUGUGCCGGCCCGGAAGCUUCUCCAGCUUCAACCCCUUCGGACCCCACAUGAACCUGGACAUCUGGAACUCCUCCUCCAACCGGAGCUCCAUCUCCCAGCUCUCCAACGACUCCGGUUACUGCGGCGAUGUCUGAGCCAGAAUGUUGCUUUUUAUCCGUACCAGGAAAAAAAAAAAAGGAAAACAAAAAAAGUGAAUGUUCUUUUUUAAUUUUCGUUCCCUCUCCCCCCCACCUCCCGAAGUUCAAUGUUGUGGAAAAAGUUAAACGUUGUAUAUUUUUCUAGGUGUUUUGCAGAUUUGAUCAUAGAAAAAUAAAAAAAAUGUUUUGUACAUAA